AAGUAGACUGUUUAUUUUCUGGGCUUGUUCCUACUGUAAACCAAGGGAAAUGGUUGUCUUACAGUUGCUCUUUCAUUUUUCUUUACUGAGGAAAGUCUGAGGAAGUUCUACUGUAUGUCAAUAGGCUUAAACAUGGUUUGAAUCAGGGAUCUCCAUUACUGAGAUAUUGAUUCACCAUCCGGCACAGUCUCCAGUCACUUGUUCACUGGUAGGCUGAACCGGGGAUCAAAAUGAGACGGCUGUACUUGGUAGAGCCCGUUGUAGGGGUGUAUGCCUUCGCCAUGUUCAUGACCUACCCACUACUGCAGCAGUACAUCUACAGGCGCCUGUGGGAGCAGGUCACUGGCUCUCCCUACACCAGUAGUCUGAACUCCUCUCACUGCGAAGACAACAACAGCAACCUGAGUAGGCAGCAUGAGGAGGUACAGAGGGAGGCAUCCCUUUUUUUCCUGUACAGCGAGCUCUGUUUCCUGUUCCCCAGCCUGGUCAUGUCCUUGCUGCUGGUCUCCUUCAGCGACCGCUGCGGCCGCAAGCUGGCCAUUGUCACCCCGCUGGUGGGCGACUUUCAGUUUGCCCUCACCUACUUCCUGGUCAGCCACUUCUCGCUGGACCUCAACCUCGUCCUGGCCUCGGCCUUCGUGAUGGGACUCACGGGGGGGCCCACCACGCUGAUCGGAGGCUCCUUCGCGUACGUGGCGGACGUCUGCAGCAGUGGGCAGAAGACGGUGCGGAUGGCAGCCCUGGACAUGCUGCUGGGCGUGCUCUGCGGCCUGGCCUCCUUCUGCACGGGCUUCUUCAUCCGCGCUGCGGGCUUCAGCUGGCCCUUCCUCACCGCCGCCCUCCUCCACCUCCUCAACCUGGCCUACGUGCUGUGCCUCCUGGGCGAGACGGUGGAGGCGCCGGCGAGCCCCGUAGCCGGAGGCCGGUCCACGCGGGAGGCCCUCAGAGGCCGCUUCCAGAGCGUGUACCUCCUCUUCGCGGCCUCCUCGCGCAGGAGGAACACCCUGCUGCUGCUCGCCCUGCUGGCCUUCACCUUCUACAAGGUGGCCAAGAUGGGGGGCAUGUCCAUCUUCAUCCUGUAUGAGCUCAACGCCCCGCUGUGCUGGACCGAGCUGCUGGUGGGCUACGGCUCGGCCCUCUCCACCGCCAUCUUCGUGGGCAGCUUCGUCGGGGUCUAUGUCCUCUCGCGCUGCCUGCGUGACGUCUACAUUGUCCUCCUGGGACUGCUCUCCGUAGCUGUUGGGAUGCUCAUGACGGCCUUCGCCAAGACAACCUUGCUGAUGUUCCUGGUGCGGGUGCCCCUGCUCUUCUCCGUGAUGCCGGCGCCCGUGCUGCGAUCUAUGAUGUCCAAGAUAGUCCUGAGCUCUGAGCAGGGGGCACUGUUUGCAUGUGUGGCGUUUGUGGAGAUGCUGAGUGUGGGCAUUGCCCUCAUAGUGUUCAGCAGCACCUACGCCUCCACCGUCUCCUGGUUCUCUGGCUUCAGCUUCCUCCUGGCGUCUGGCCUGACGCUCAUCCCCAUGGCUCUGAUUGGGUCAGUUGUGUGUCUGCGUUUGGAUAUGGAUGGUGAAACUAUAGCCCUGACUGGUGAAGAUGACACUGAAGCCCCUGGAGAAAUGCUACAACUGCCCAGCUGGGAUGUGAACUAAGGCAACAAUCCCCUCACUAUCCAUCCUUGGUCUGCUUCAAGGUCCUGAAACCCAGCUUGGAGCCAGCCUCCAUCUUCUUCAUUGAGUGAAGGAACUGAGACUGGUCCCAGACAUCAGCAAACCUUAUUCCAGUGCACUAGCAUGAUGUUUGUGGUUGAACUGCAAAAUUUACACAGCAAUGUGUGUGUGUGUGUGUGUGUGUGUGUGUGUGUGUGUGUGUGUGUGUGUGUGCGUGUGUGUGCGUGUGUGUGUGCGUGCGUGUGUGUGUGUCUGUCUGUCUGGGUGCACACACAUGUGAGUGUAUGCAGGUGUACUGUAUGUGUGCCGUU